AUGGUUCUUCAUCCAGAAAUACAGGACAGAGUGUUUAAUGAAAUUGAUCAGGCUGUUGGUGCAAACCGUCUCCCGAGACUUGACGAUCGUAAAAACUUGUCUUAUACUGAAGCCACGCUUUUGGAAAUACAGCGAUUUGGUAGCAUUGCACCAUUAUCACUACCUCAUUGUGCGUUGAAAGACACUUCACUUGGUGGAUAUACUAUUCCCAAGGGGACGGAACUAAUUAUUUUACUAUGCUGUGACUCGUCCACUGAUUUGGGUGAGGCAAAGGCUCAGGCUAGUUGCACUGGGUCGCUUCUGGAACCUCCGGCACUGAAUAUCAAUGGGAAUACUGGCAGCCAAGCCUCCGAUUUUGGGGCAGGACUUUCGGGUCAGGAGAUGCUGUCUUAG